CGGAGGCACAACCACAAGUUCCGUGUUCCUAGCACGCUCUGCGAAAUUCUGCGGCAGAUAGAGGAAAAUGCCCGCUUAGAACACGAAAUGGUCAUUCUCAUCAGAUGUUUUACAUGAAAGACGGCGUGUUCUUUUGUAUUAUUAUUUAACAGUUCCACUGUUUAAGUACCUGGUUUAUCGAACUUCCUCUGAACUUGUCCAAUAACGGAGUGAUUCUGAGAAGCCUUAGGGGUGGAUGGGCAGCCUACCAGUAGGUGGAGAAAUGAACUGUUACUCAUCUAAAACGAACGAAACCUUGUCCAACGCAGACAUUACACACAGGACUGGCUGCGGUGUCAGGUGCGGAAAUGCUCCAGUUAGUUUGGUGUGUGCAUGUUGCUGUCGGGGCGAGGAGAAUAAAAACCCUGUGGCUGGCUGCCAUUGGACCGGACACUGACUGGGGCUGACUGAUGUUUGUCCACGGGAAUAUGUUUUGGCGAAGGAAGAUCAAUACUACUUUGACGCUGGUCACAAGAGAAGGUGCCAGCCUCCAUAUUCUCUCUCAUACCGUCUAAAGAGGACCUGUCUGCAGAAUCGAAUGGAUAUAGCCCACUAACAUCUGAUCGCGUUCAAUGUAAACCUGUCAUCUCUUCUUGCUAAUAUUACUACUGGUCGAUCCUUUUUGGAUUACUUGAACAGGACUUUUGUUUUUACGAAAAAGAUUGACCCAACACGAUUGUGUCUAAUUUUAAUAUUCGCUCGGAGGUGAACACUACAUGAUCCUGUUUCCAGAUUCGACUCCUCAUAUUUAUGACAAAUAACCACAGACUUGUACUGAAGCUCCCACUUCUGUGAAUGGUAGCGCACCAGAAGAGAGGAUGUCAAAUGAAACAAGCUCAUAUAUCACCUACUUUAGUUGGAAAGGUUAAAGCAAAAAGGAUCACUGACAUUUGUUAUAUAUUCAUCUGUGAGAGACCAGUGCAUGUCUCUGUAACUGAGUUUAAAAAUGGACGAAAUAUUUGAACUGGAUAUAAUAAUUCAAGGACUUGCAGUCAUGACAAUUUAAUGGGAUUAAAAGACAGAACUUUGAGUUCAUCAUGGCUGAGAAGUGCAUUCAACACUUCAUAUUUUUUGUUUACUUAUUUACUACUGGAGAUUUUUUUUCUGGUAUUUUCAAUGCAUCUGACAAAGAUUUUUUUAGUGACUAUGGGCAGCUAAAAUUUACAGAGGACAGAAUACCUGAACUCCGAAAGCUUCAAGCCAGUAAUCCUCAUCCCAACCUCUAUUUUAACCAAGCGGAUAUACAAGUUAUGAGACAAAGGUCCACUACUACACACAGCCACAUCUUCAAAGUCAUCAGGGCAGCCGUCUUGACUAUGCUCUCCAGUCCUCCGCUCUACAUGCCUCCAGCUAAGUAUGAGGAGUUCUCCAGCAAGUGGAAUGAGAUUUAUGGCAACAACUUACCACCUCUGGCACUGUACUGUUUACUGGCUCCAGAGGACUCAGCUGCCCUGCAGUUUCUGGUUAAGUUCAUGGACCGCAUGGCGGAGUACCCAGACUGGAAAGUCACAAGUGCACCGAAUGACGAGGUGCCCAUGGCUCACUCACUCACUGGUUUUGCAACUGCCUUUGACUUUAUUUAUUCUUAUCUGGACCAACAAAGACGUGAUCUUUAUCUGAGCAGAUUACGUAGAGAGACGGAGGAGUUGUAUGAGACAUCUAAAUACAGAGGCUGGGGAAAGCAGUUUCUUCAAAAUCACCAGACCACUAAUAUCCUCGCCAUUUUAACUGGUGCUAUUGUGGUAGGCACACACAACGACCCAGAGAGCAUGGUUUGGAAGCAAGUUUCCGUUAACUAUAUGGAAAAAACAAUGUUCUUACUUAACCAUGUUGUAGAUGGCUCUUUAGAUGAAGGUGUGGCGUAUGGGAGUUACACAGCUAAGUCAAUCACACAAUAUGUGUUUCUUGCACAGCGCCACUUUAAUAUUGAUAACACACAAAACAACUGGCUGCGUAAUCACUUUUGGUUUUAUUAUGCUACCUUGUUACCAGGUUUCCAAAGGACAGUUGGCAUAGCUGACUCCAAUUACAACUGGUUCUAUGGACCGGAGAGUCAGCUAGUUUUCUUGGAUAGCUUUGUAAUGAAAAAUGGCACAGGCAACUGGCUUGCGCAACAAAUAAGGAAACACAGACCUAAAGAUGGCCCAAUGGGGCAGUCCUCAGCUCAGCGUUGGACAACACUACAUACUGAGUUUAUUUGGUACAAUGCUCACCUGACAUCCCAGCCCCCUCAUGAUUAUGACACACCUAAAAUGCAUAUUUUCUCAAACUGGGGGGUUGUAACAUAUGGAGCAGGCUUACCCAACAAUCAGGGCAACACUUUUCUCUCUUUUAAAUCUGGGAAGCUGGGUGGCAGGGCUGUCUAUGACAUUGUCCAUGCCAAGCCCUACACGUGGGUUGAUGGUUGGAACAGCUUUAACCCAGGACAUGAACACCCAGACCAAAACUCCUUUACUUUUGCCCCUAAUGGACAAGUGUUUGUAUCGGAGGCCCUUUACGGGCCCAAAUACAGCUACUUGAACAAUGUGCUGGUCUUCAGUCCUUCCCCCACCAGCCAGUGUAAUGCCCCUUGGGAGGGCCAGCUUGGUGAGUGUGGCAAGUGGUUGAGGUGGACAGAUGAGGGUGUGGGAGAGAGUGCUGGUGAGGUGGUAGCAGCCUCAUCUCACCGCGACUCCAUGUUUGUUAGUGGUGAGUCUGCCCCAGCCUAUUCCUCUGCCAUGAGAUUGAAGAGUGUUUACAGGGCUCUUGUGCUGCUCAACUCCCAGACUUUGUUAGUGGUUGACCAUGUGGAAAAAUGGGAAGACUCACCAGUGAAAACACUUAGUGCAUUCUUUCACAACCUUGACAUUGACUUUAAAUAUGUCCCCUAUAGAUUCAUGGACAGGUACAGUGGAGCGCUGAUGGAUGUUUGGGAUGCCCAUUACAAAAUGUUCUGGGUUGAUAGUCAGGGUUUUAGCCCAGACUCUAGAAUCCAGGAGGCAGAGCAGGCAGCGGAGUUUAAAAAAAGGUGGACGCAGUUCAUAAAUGUCACCUUUCCGAUGCAGACUACAAUAAGCAGAAUGGCCUAUGUGAUGCAUGGGCCCUAUGUCAAAAUAUCCGGCUGUAGAUUUAUUGAUGACAGCAAAAAUGGAGUGCGGUUGUCAGUCAUCAUUAACAACACGGAGAAAAUAAUUUCCAUUGCAACCAACCACCGAGACAUAGGGGCACGUUCCAACUACCUUGGUUUUGGCGGAUAUGCCAAAAUUGAAGACAGACAUCAAAUUAUCCGUUUUGGCCUUGGUGCACAACUCAUCCCAAAGCAAACUACAGUUGACAGUCAGCUGUUUGACUUUGGGUUCACAGUAAAUGUGAUAGCAGGUGUAAUACUUUGUGCUGCCAUUGGAUUUCUGACACUACAGAGGAAAUUCUAUGUGUGCUUUAGCAAGCUGAUGCGCUACGCCCUCCUCUCUGUUCUCAUCCUCUGGAUUUUUGAACUGCUGUUUGUCUCAAAUAGCUGUGACCAGCUACUGUGUGGGGUGAAGUGGAAAGGUGUUGCCACCAACCCUGAGGUCAGCAAACAGAUGAGGCUUUAUGACCAGCACCACUUUCCUCUGCCGACUGUCGUCAUAACAACUUUGCCUGGAUCAGGGUCGGAGAUUCUUAAACACCUUUUCUAUAACAACUCCGGUUUUGUCUACCUGCGUGUUCCCACAGAGCACCUCGAUAUCCCAGAGACUGAGUUUGAGUUUGACUCCUUGGUGGACGCCUGUGAGUGGUCCAGAGCGGAUGCCCAGCGGGGAAAGUACAAAAUCAUCCAGGGCUGGCUGCACUCGCUGGUCCACGACACCCAUCUGCACCUGCAGAAUAUUCCCCUCCAUGAGCCAGUGAGAGUGAAGGUGUCCUCCAGGUCCAGCUCUUCAAGGGACCGGAGGAAAAGAGCCAGAAGGAGAGAGCUGGCAGCUGACGUGAGGGGGAAAGUGCGGGGGAGCAUCGAACGAGAUGUGGAGUAUGUACGCGAGUUACGCAGGCACAUUGGUAUGUAUCCUAAUUCGCGAGUGGUGCUAAAUCUCAGAAGUGGCAGCUGGACAUUAAAACUACCUUUUAUACAGGAAGUGGUAGGACCCUCUCUGAGGGCUAUUUAUGUGGUCAGGGACCCCCGGGCAUGGAUUUUUCUAAUGCUCUAUAACAGCAAGCCAAGCUUGUAUUCCCUUAAAAACAUUCCACAGCACUUGGCCCUGAUGUUUAAAGAGGACAUCAACAGGGACAGAUGCCCGGCCUUUGCCCAAGAGUAUCGGCCACUCUGGCGACUCCUUUCACGGUCAGAGACAAACCCUGUCCUGCUGCUUGCCCACUUGUGGCUAGCACACACCUCUGCCGUCCUCCGCAUCAGUGCCACACUGCCGGAGGAGGCAUACCUGCAGGUGAGGUUUGAAGAUGUGGUAAACUUUCCGCAGGACACAGCGGAGAGGAUUCACUCAUUCCUUGGUGUCCCGGUCACCCCCUCAGCACUAAACCAACUGAUGUUCACCACUUCUACAAAUCUGUACAAUUUAAUGUAUGAAGGGGACAUAUCACCAGACAACAUCAACAUCUGGAGGCAGAAUAUGCCUCGGAAGGAAAUCAGACUCAUUGAAGACACGUGUGGCUUUUUGAUGAAGAGGCUUGGAUAUUCCAGGUAUAACAGUUAAAUGCUGCAGGUCAGCUGUUAUAAUGCAUAUUUAUUUAGGCUUUUUAUUCUGUUGUGUAUUUUUGCACUGAUGGGAAGUCUGAGCCCGUUUACAUUAAGCAGAGGAGUAAAAGGGAAUUUUGAAAAGGUACAGGUGAUGCUGAUAAUUUUCUUGUAAUGUCUGAGUAAUAAUUUUUGGUAUAAUUUCUUGUUAAAUAAGUGAAAUUUUUAUAUUAAAAUGAGAUUAAGGGGAAAAUGUUUUUUCCUGUUAUUCAGUACAAGGAACAUUGUCUGAAUGUUUUACUGUUUCUUUUGGUGUGAACUUUUUAACUUAGUUGCCUCUGAGAAUAUAUGUACACAUUAUAUUAUUUUUGUAUUUACCAUACCUGAAUCUGUAAUGAACUGUUAUUCUUUUCAAAACACAAAUAUAAUAUGUCAGAUGUCGCAUAACAAUGUGUUUUAACUUGGUGAGGAAGUGCUCAUUGUGAAACUGUUGGAGUGUGGCUCUCACUCAUGAUUGUGAUGACUGUGUGUCAGUAAUUUUGCACUCUGCUGUAGAUUGCUGGGCUUAUGCUGCAGAUACUGUGUGUAGUGUUUUAAGCCAGAGAAGAGGUGCUGGAACUGUAAUUGACUUGAAAGCUUAAGCUUAGUCUGCAUUGUGUAAAAUCGAGGGUGUUAGCUGUAAUCUCCUGAGAGAAACAUAUUAAAGCUUAAAGCUUUGUAUUACAAUACACAUGCAAGCCCAAAGGUUCAGUUACUAAAAUAUCUCCUUUUUUUUUUUUUUUUUUUUUUUUAAUCUAUGUCAGUGAAUAUAUUCAAAUUCCCACUCCACACCCACUCUCCUCUCUUCUCAAAGGGCUGCAGAGUGCAGCUGAUAGUGAUAGACACCUCCAAAACCAGCCGCCACAUAUUUCGACAGGCAUCAGACGAAGAUCAAACUAAAGUUUGUCUCCCAGGAUUUGAAUUCAUUCUCAGUUCAUCCGCAUCUCUGAAUCAUCGUUGCUAAGCAUAUCAUUCCUACAAUAUGCCGUAACCAAACCCAUAGAACUCUGCUGCAGCGAUACUCAUAUAAACGCCCCAAAGAAAUGCAGAGGAUUCCCAGCUCUCAUUUCCUAUAGUGGUCAGUCACCUGUACUUCCCCAUUAUGCUACAAUGGUAGUGUGUAGGGCAGGACAGUUGUAUUAGAUGUGGACAUUGAAAAGUGAUGCUGAGAGAGCUUUGGGUCAUAAUCAGAUCUUGUCUCAGUUCAGACAAUACAUCCCUCAGAAGUCGCUGUUACUUUUAGGUGCUUUGGGUUUUUUUUCUUAGAAAGAACUUUUGAAACCUUCAAAUAUAUAAUGUGAGCCUUGAAAUAUAUAGCCUAAUGACAGUACUUUUAGCAUUAUAAACAGUUGAUAUGUAUUUGCAUAUCAUUUCUUACUGCACAGGGACAAGAGGCAGAUGAGCUUGGUCUUGCACUGUAUUUAUCCAAGAAUCUUUUUUGUGUCGCAAAACAUAACUGUUGCUUAUUUGGAGGCCUUGAUGUUGUGGACAUUGAAUGUGUGUUGACAACAAUAUUCUCUCUGUCUCUAUUUUUCCUGUCAUAACCUACCCUUAUAUUCUGUAUAUCAGUUCAUAUUUGCAGGGUUGUGUUUUGAUGCUUUUGUGGCCUUGGAAUUUUAAAAGAGCAUUCUAUGAAUUGUUCUCACAAUGUUUAUUUGGCUCAUUAAAUAAUGUUAAUUAAAAAGACAUUUUCAGCACAAGUAA